AUGGACUACAUCUACUCCUCUUUCAUUGUUCUUAUCUCUUUUGCCAUCCCAAUUUUGGUGAAACUUUUAAGUCAUAGAAAAAGAUUGGAAAAGGAAAAGUUAUUACCCCCUGGAACAUCCGGCUGGCCUUUCAUUGGCCAAACAUUAGAGUUUCUAGCUGCCGGGUGGAAUGGUCAUCCCGAAAAGUUCAUAUUCAAUCACAUUAAAAAGUAUGGCUCACUCAUCUUUAGGUCACACUUGGCUGGAUCCCCAACCAUAGUAUUCUGUGGACCAGAUGCCAAUAAGUUCUUAUUCUCAAAUGAGAAUAAACUUGUCCAAUCAUGGUGGCCAGAUACAAUCAACAAGAUAUUCCCUUCUUCAACCCAAACAUCAUCCCAUGAUGAAACCAUUAACCUAAUGAAGAUGCUUCACAGUUUUCUAAAGCCCGAUGCAUUGCAAGGCUAUAUCGGAUUCAUGGACAUCAUUGCGCAACGCCAUUUCGUAACUCAUUGGGACUCCAAGGAUCAAGUCACUGUUUUUCCACUCAUGAAAAGCUACACAUUUGCGUUGGCUUGUCGCUUGUUCAUUAAUGUUGAGGACCAUGAUCAUGUCGCCAAGUUGGCAGGUCCGUUUGAGAAUGUGUUGAGAGGGAUCGUGUCGGUUCCAAUUAAUGUUUGGGGUACAAACUUGAACAUUGCCAUCAAGGCAUCUAAGUUGAUUAGGAAGGAAAUUCUUACUAUCAUCAACAAGCGAAAGAUUGAUCUAGCACAAGGAGCAACAUCAUUUACACAAGACUUUUUGUCGCAUAUGUUGUUGACUAGCGAUGAAAAUGGUAGUUUUAUGAAGGAGACAGACAUCGCCGACAAGAUCAUGGCCUUGUUGAUCGGCGGUGACACUGCGAGCUCCGCUUGUUCUUCGAUUGUCAAGUUCCUUGCUCAACUACCAGAUAUUUAUGAAGGGGUUUACAAAGAACAAAUGGAAAUCUCGAAUUCGAAGGGUCCUGGUGAAUUGCUAACAUGGGACGACGUCAAUAAGAUGAAAUAUUCAUGGAGUGUAGCUUGUGAAGCGAUGAGACUUGCCCCUCCUAUUCAAGGCACCUUUAGAGAGGUCAUGACCGAUUUUGUAUAUGAAGGCUUCUCAAUCACCAAGGGAUGGAAGAUAUAUUGGAGUGUGAAUUCGACACAUAAAAGUGCUGAAUAUUUUCUUGAUCCUGAAAAGUUUGAUGUAUCAAGAUUUAUAGGACAAGUACCCCAACCCUACACCUUUGUUCCCUUUGGUGGUGGGCCGAGGAUGUGCCCUGGUAAAGAGUAUGCCCGACUUCAAAUACUUGUUUUUAUGCACAAUUUGGUGAAGCGAUUUAGGUGGGAGAUGGUGAUUCCGAAUGAGAAGUUAAUUGUCAAUCCUAUGUUUAAACCCGAGAAGGGUCUUCCAAUCCGUCUUUAUCCUCACUCAAAGUAAAGCUUUAAAUUAUUUUUCACAAUUCCGAUUAUU